ACAGGAAGACCAGGUUAAUACGGUGCAUCAUGUUAGUGGCCCUAAAAACCCCAACAACAACAAGACAAUGACAGGACAGACAGUUUCCUGGUGGUUAUUUUUCCUCAUAUUGGCUGCUCUGGGAGGACUUAAUGGCUUUCAGGAGGAUGAGUUUCUAGAUGGUCAACUCACCCUGGUGGUGGAGGAUGCACUUGAGGGAGGUCCAAACCCCACCUUCUCUCCCCGAUCAACAAUCCACGUGCGCUCAGUCAAGUCUGGCAAUGCUCUGGUCACGCAUAUGCGCCAGUGGACCCCAGAAUUACACGAUAAGCUGCGGGCCCUGGCAGAGAACGACGAUUUGUAUCGCAUCAGAGUGUAUCAUAAAGGAUCGGAAGAAAAAGGUUAUGUGUCAACUUUCACCAAAGCUUGUCAGAUAUACGAGAGUGCGCUGUCGGAGACGGUGAGUAUGAUGGUGGACAGUGCUGGGAUGUCGGUAGUUGGUGUGGGUCUGAUCCCUCCUGUUGCUGUGUGUCGAGGACAGCCACCAGAGAUUAUUCCAGUGCAGCACAACACUACAGUCAUCAUAAGAUCUCCGACUCCUGCUCCAGUGCCAGACACAGCCACUUAUAUAGAAAAGUUGGAAGCCAUGAAGAAUGAAAAGGCGGAAGGGAAAGAUAAUCGAUCCUUUUUGGCCAAAUACUGGAUGUACAUUGUUCCAGUGGUAUUGAUUAUGGUGGUAUUUGGAGGUGGACAGGAAGGAGGACGUUGAACUGUAACAUCGUCGACUUGUGCUGUGUCAACAUCUCUUACAGAACUUCACAAGGCUGAACGGUUUUUGUUGUUUCAAACUUUAUUAAAUGUGAGGUACUUUAUAUAUUACGUAUUUAAAAUAUCCAGAUGUAUAUUAUUCCUAGCAAAGGCUAAUUUUUGUGCGCUUAAUAAUUAUUUUAGCUGUAAUUAUUAUUAGCAAAUAUAUAACUUGUAGUUUCGAGAUGUUAAUGAAAUUUCAUCACAUUCUUAUCUUUACUUCGGUAGGUAGGCCUAGCUGCAGCUGCUUUAGGCUCAGAUUUGGCAUAGGUUUCUUUUAAUAAAUAUGUAACUGGGAAAAACUGUAUGUAAAUGACUUUUAAAUGAAGUAUUUAUGUGUUAUAUAUGUAUGUUCUAGCACAUUAAAUUUUUUGUAAGUUCAGGAAACUGCCCAUUGUAAAACUCUUGAAACAUGCCUGAUUCCUUUACUGUUUUAUUCUACCUCAUUUUAUUUUAUCAUUGUGUGUAUUUCCUUCAAACAUUUUGAUUUUAUGACAAGUAAAAGUACAGUGUAGUUUAAACUGUAUGUUUUCUGUGCACUGUGGAUACUGGAUGGGUGUGCAGCUGACAAUAUACACAGCAAGCAGUCUUGAGGUAUAACUAGUCUCUCGAGUUGUACAAUAUCUUGUUGUUGUCAGUACAAUAUAAAUAGAGUACCAUAGUAGGUUUUUUGAAGGCAUGGAAUACAUAGUAAGGUAAACUUGAACUGGAGCCAUUAAUAGUUUUGAAUCAAUAGCUUGGCUGAUCAGAUUAUCAUCUGGGACCCAUGUAUCUAGGACAGACUGUGAGAAUUAGAGCUUCAAAAUCAUUUACAAAUGAUGUGUGAUUAAAAAUUUUCAAUAAGCGUUUACUUCAUUUAAGUGAAGUCAAAGGGUUUCUCAUCGUGGUUAUGACUAUAAUUUCAGGCCACAUCAUAGCGGUAACCCUGCCCCCUUUCUCUUAGGGUGAUAACUAUCUUCCCUCUUCUUUUGGGUGAUGAUCCAUUACUUCCUGGCAAUGAUGUCAUCUUCUAAUUAAAUAUAACAGAAAAACAAAAUCAAACAAACUUUAUUUCUAUAAAGUGGAGUACAUUAUAUUAUACAAUUGAGGUGAUUGUCAUAUGUAAAUUACUUUAUAGAAACCCCUUAAUUAUGCAGAGCAUUUUAGGAAGCCUUAAAACUAAAUUAUGAAUACAAGUACUUAUACAAGAAUAAAAAUGCAUAGUUUUUAAAAUAUUGGAGGUACGUAUUAAGUAAUUCAGUAAAAAAAAUUCUAAUUAGUGAUGUAUUAAGGAUGAAGCUAGUACAGUACAUGAAGGAUUGAUACAAAUACAGUGGACCCCCGCAUAACGAUCACCUCCGAAUGCGACCAAUUAUGUAAGUGUAUUUAUGUAAGUGCGUUUGUAUGUGUAUGUUUGGGGGUCUGAAAUGGACUAAUCUACUUCACAAUAUUCCUUAUGGGAACAAAUUCGGUUAGUACUGGCACCUGAACAUACUUCUGGAGUGAAAAAAAUAUCGUUAACCGGGGGUCCACUGUACUUUAUUUUCUGCAGUACACAGAUAAUGCCGUUUACAUGUAAUACAAUAGUGUUAGGCACAAAAGAAAGCCACUAGACAUUCACCAUGGCUGUUAGACAGGUGUAUCUUCCUUCUGUUGCUUUAAUGAAGAAGAUUCUUUUACGAGUUGUGUAAUACCAUGUCAGCACUAUGUACAUUAGUAAAUUUUGUGUGUAUUAGAUGCCUCCACCCACAAAAACUUUAGGUCUGUCACUAAUUAAUCUUAGUCAUCAAGAUGUCUGGACAUUUUAUGAAGAAAAAUGUUUUAGAAUUAUAGAAUGUUUCUUAACAUAAAUGUGUUCAUACCAACAUUAUUAUAAUCUAAAUGUAAAUGUUGCUGUAAUGUGACGUGCAUAUAAUAAGUGGUUUACACUACUCUUUUAUAAGUUACAUCUGUGUUGGAUCUGACUAAACAAAAGUACUGUAUGUACAGUAUAUAAAAAAGAAAAUUCA